GGACAGCUGACAUACUCACAAAGAACAACAGGGCAGGAAUUGCUUUAAAAUAUCUCAGCAAAGCUGGAGCUGAGUCACUGCUGCUGGAGAGGUCAGAAAGAAAUGAUCCUCUCCACUCCAAGGACAGCCAGACAUCCAUAAACUAUCCAGAAGGAUCUGAUAUACAGCCAGCUUAAAGGAAUCAGCCUGCCUUAGGAAGAUUUGCAGCUUGUUCUGGGUCUGUCACUCUGGGAUAGACGAUCACACUAAGUCAUUUAAAAUUCCACAUUUAAGAAACCUUUCUUUUUUUUCGUGGAAAACUAAAAUAUCUCUGGGACUAGAAGCAUUUUUCCCCCUUUUUUAAUUGUAUAGCCUAAUUGCAGUUCCCAAAGGACCUAUGAUAUUGUAGCUGAAUUUCCCCUCCUUUCAAGGAAAGAAUUGAUUUUAACCCAGUAUUUGAAAUUGAAGAAGGACCCCCCAUGCACCUGCACAGUCCUUCCCUCAUGGCAGAUGGAAACUUCUCUCUUUCUGGACAUUUGGUCAGGAGUCCAGGAGGUAACACUUCCAGACUCCACAGCAUAGAAGCCAUCUUGGGAUUUUCUAAAGAGGACAGUGUCCUGAGCCCAUUCCAGACAGAGGGCAGUCUCAGGAAUGGCAAGGAAGCAGAGACUAGGACUUCUAAGCACUGUCUGCACAAAAUGUCAGAGGAGAUACAGCCCCAGCAGAGUGAUCUGGAGGACAGACAUGAUGAUGGAUAUGGGGACUCCUACUGUACCAAAGGGUCCAGUGAGUGCCUGAGCCCCUGCCUAUCGGCCUCUAACAGCAGUGACACCAAUAAACUUUCUGAUGAUGAACAGCCCAAGAAGAAGCACAGGAGAAACCGGACCACCUUUACCACCUACCAGCUCCAUGAACUGGAGAGAGCUUUCGAGAAGUCCCAUUACCCUGAUGUCUACAGCCGGGAAGAACUGGCUAUGAAAGUCAACCUGCCUGAAGUGAGGGUGCAGGUGUGGUUUCAGAACAGAAGAGCUAAAUGGAGAAGGCAGGAGAAGUUGGAGGUGACCUCAAUGAAAUUACAAGAUUCACCCAUGCUUUCCUUUAAUAGAUCCCCUCAGUCCUCUGGCCUAAGUGCAAUCAGCAGCAGUCUACCACUGGACUCUUGGCUUACACCACCAAUGUCCAACACAACCCCACUGCAAAGCCUCCCAGGGUUUGUUACAACCCCACAAAGCCUACCAGGCAGUUACACCCCUCCACCCUUCAUGAACACUGCACCAGUGGGACAUGCCUUACAACCAUUAGGAGCCAUGGGACCACCUCCACCAUACCAAUGCGGAAGCAACUUUGUGGACAAAUAUCAGAUGGAGGAAAUAGACCCUAGAAAUACCAGCAUAGCUGCCCUCAGAAUGAAAGCUAAAGAACACAUCCAGUCUAUUGGCAAGCCUUGGCAAACCAUAUGAAGGUGGUGAUGGGUAGCUAGCUUGCUCAUUUUGAGAUCUUCUACCCUUUGUCAAUGUACAUAGAACAUCCUUUUGGGGAGAUAUUCCCAUCCAACAAGGUGCCAAGCAAGGACAACCAAACUAUAUAUCCAGAAGACUGGAACUUUGAAAACUAGAGUGAAGAUUGAUUAUUUCUCAUGUGUUCAAAAAACUUACAGUAUACAUUCUUGGUUCUAAAGAAUACAAUUUUCAUGUUUACACACAUAACCCGUUACUGACUCCACUGCUUAUUAAGUUAAAUCAGCGUAAAUCAUCUAAUUAGCAAAUGUGAAUUUGGUAAGAACUUGAAGUCAGUGAUUCUUCAUAUAUUUAUGUCCGUUUAGAUUUGCAACAUUACUGUGUAGAAGCAGACAUCGUUCUAUAAAGAAAGUAUUGAUGUGA